AUGAAGAAGUUGCGUGGUAUUUUGGAUGGAGAUACGAUAAGCAUUGUCUUUGUUUCUGACAGGAAUGCUGGAAUAAAAGCUGCAGUUCCCAGGGUUUUCCCUUCAGGAUUUCAUGGGUAUUGUCUUUACCAUUUGAAGAACAACCUUCGUGGUCGAUUGACAGGUGGAAGGAACAAGUAUAAAGAGCGCGUAAUUGGUCUGUUCAGUUUAUGUGCUUAUGCACCAAAUGAGAUGAAGUUUAAUGAAGAAAUGGCUAGGUUAAAGAAAGCAGGUGGGGAAGCAAGGAUUACAAAUUUCCUAGUUGAUUUGCCUUACGAACAUUGGGCUAAUGCUUUUUUCCCGGGACAGCGCUAUGGAGAGAUGUGGUCUAAUUUGGCUGAGUGCUUCAAUUCUUGGAUAGAGAAGGAGAGGCACUUACCGAUCACACAACUGGUUGAUCGAGUACGGAUCAAGCUUAUGGAACAGAUGUGUUUUAGGAAACAAACUGCAGCGAAGUGGCGUCAGGUUCUUUGUCCCACAAUGGAUGAAGCUUUGGCAAUUGCUUUUCAGGAGUCCAAGGCCUGGGAAGUAAAAUUUUCUUCACCAGAUGUGCUCAAAGUUUUAUGCAAUCCAUUUGUCAAGGUGGAUAUAGGGAGGCAUAGUUGCACUUGUACGCAAUGGCAAUUGAAUGGUGUACCAUGUGUGCAUGCAGUUUGUGCAAUUAAAAAGAGCGGGAAGUCACUGAACGCAUGUGUUGAACGUUACUUCCAUGUGGAAUGUUAUCGGGAGGCAUAUUCUAGACCUAUUAUGCCUGUUCCUACGCUGUGGAAACCUGAAGUUGCCAGUGAUGCUGUGAUAUUAUCUCCUAUUUCUAGAAAGCCACCAGGGAGAAAUAAGAAGAAGAGGAUUCGAUCUUUUGGGGAGAAGUAUGAAUCUUUUUUUGGGCGUGUGAACAACAUGGUGAAUUUUGUUUUUAGGGUGUGUAAAUGCUGUCAAAUAGACGGGGGUGAAUUCUAUAUUUAG